AUGUUCGCCCAGCAGCACGCCAGUUUUGAGCAGCGCAAGCGAGGCCGGGAAGACGAUGAACUUGCUGCCAACGGCAUGAGCUUCGGUGAGCACCGAAAUAAGAUUACUGACUUUUUGAAGAAACGACUGCAGUGUCUCCCCCUCCGUGCGCUCCCUCGAACCUCCUCGGCGUCACAGGACCAAGGAUAUUCCGAUAUGAAUAUGAUGCAAGCGCAAACACAACAAGGAUCGGACCGAUUGAGUAUGAUGCAGAUGGAGACCGACUGUAAUUCCAACGGGCGCAUGCCUACACCCAUUCAGCCCAGCUUUGCCGCCCAGGUUAGAGGCCAGCAGGCUCAUGGCCCUAACGGCGUCGCCAAUCUUGGCCACCAAAACACCGGCUUCCACGAGGACCAGAGCGUUCCUCGAACAAUGGCUGGAGGAUGGCAAGCCGCACAGAAUGAACGACGCCUCCCUUCUCCCAUCUGUGAAGAUGACAAUACCAUGGCAUGCGAACCCAUUACCCCCGUCAACAACCGAUUCGACGCCAGCGUUCAUAUAUCCCCAGGGAUGGAACAUCCCAACGUGAGAGUCGAGCCUUCACCUCCUCAUGAUGUAGAGCAUCAUAUGAUGGAUGUAGAAGAACCUCACGAGAGCGAUCCUUCUCCUCCUCGAAGAGGUCACAUACGCAGUCGACACACGGUUAACAACUGGACUUGGCAGCCCGGCAUGAAGAAGAGCUUCAGCAUAGGAUUUCGCUCAGACUGUGAAAAGUGCCGGUUGAAGGUCCCGGGUCACUUCAAUCACAUUAUCGUCUCUUAG